GCUGAUUGUAAUAAACAUAGUAAUGAAUACGAUUUACUAAAGGAAGGGAUAAAUGCGAGAAUGCUUAUUUAAUCACAACCUUUUUAAGUAUAAAUCACUGGAUUAUUGGUUGUGAUUGUAUCAAGAAUCACCUUGAUUUAAUGUGAACACAUGCUGCAACUCUGAAUAAUUCAUGUCCAGUUGCACUGGCUUAAAAUCCGUUGCUAUUUGCUUCAUCAUAGCCUGUUUACAGUAACCGAGUGUUUUUGUGAACACAUCUCUUUAAAACGCCGCAUUGCACUUUCACAGCUCUUUUUUUGCUAGAAGUUGCAUUGUCUACCAUGACAGCCAUGUUGAAAAGAAACUUUCUUGCAAAGGCCAUUAAUACAACCGCUCGUUUCAUAUCAACAGCAAAUAAAGGAAACUAUGCGUUCGCCUUUGACAUUGAUGGUGUAUUGAUUAAAGGAAAACGUCGUAUUCCAGAAGCAACAAGAGCAUUAAAGCAACUAAAUGGAGACAAUUCAGCAAACAGAAAAAUUCCUUUUGUCUUACUAACUAAUGGUGGCGGUAUGACUGAAGAAGAAAAAGCAAAGCAAAUAAGUGAAAUAGUUGGAGUAAAGGUUGAUCCCAAAUGCGUCAUAUUAUCUCAUUCACCUAUGCAAAAUCUUGCAGAGAAAUAUCGUAACAAGAGAGUACUUGUCGUUGGUGGAACAGGUAGAAACUGUUAUAACGUUGCUACAAAGUACGGAUUUCAAGACGUGGUUAUUCCUCAUGAUGUCAUGCACUGGAAUAACUCUGUAUGGCCACAUACUGAAACAGUCUCUGACUUGUCUGUUUUAACAAGUAGUCACCCCAUUGAGUUUUCACAGCAUCCUAUUCAUGCAGUUAUGGUAUUUCAUGACUCAUUUGAAUGGGGCAGAGAUUUGCAAAUAAUGCUCGACGCACUUUGCUCAAAGGGUGGCGUACUUGGAACAAGAAAAGAAGACUAUUCUGUACAAGAUGUCCCACUUUACUGGUCAAACAAUGACCUUAUCUGGAGCACCGAUUUCCCUGCGCCUCGUCUAGGUCAAGGUGCGUUUAAGCAUGCGCUCGAAGGGCUAUACAGCACAUUGACAGGUCAUGAAUUGAAAUCAACCUCUUUUGGAAAGCCUCAUGCUGCAACCUACAAAUUUGCCGAACAAAUCUUUAAUACCAUUGCCGGUGAGCAAGGAAGAAACGUAUAUGCAGUUGGUGAUAAUCCAGCAGCUGAUAUCAAAGGGGCCAAUGACUAUGGCUGGACAAGUAUCCUUGUUAGAACUGGUGUAUUUACUGGAAAAGAUAACUCUCCUGAUUAUCCAGCAAAGAUGGUUUGUGAAAAUGUAGAAGAAGCUGUAGAAAAAGUCAUUGCAAAGGAAGAAGGAAAGCUUUAGAAAUCUCAAUAAAUAUAUAGACUGAAUGGUGUUUGUAUCUUAUACGGUUAAACAGUUUUGU